UAUUCCAUCAGUUAUCGGUCUGAUGCAAGCCCUUACUGUUUUAGAUUUGAGCUGUAACAUGCUAAGCGGGCCAAUCCCUCCUAUAUUGGGAAAUUUAACUUACACAGAAAAACUGUAUUUAUAUGGAAACAAGCUGACCGGUCGCAUCCCCCCGGAGCUCGGAAACAUUACGAAGCUUCACUAUUUGGAAUUGAAUGAUAACCUUUUAAGUGGACAAAUCCCGCCUGAGCUUGGAAAGCUUACUGAUCUGUUUGACUUAAAUGUUGCCAAUAACAACCUUGAGGGUCCAAUUCCCGAGAAUCUCGGCUCAUGUAAAAACCUCAACAGCCUAAAUGUGCAUGGGAAUAAGAUGAGUGGAACAAUUCCCUCAACUUUUCAAAGCUUGGAGAGUAUGACCUAUCUGUAAGUCUUACCUUGACUUUAUAUGCCAAAUUUUUCAUCUUGUCACCGUAAUUAGUUUUGUUG